AUGAGUAGUGGCCCACAGGGUGGGAAGAGGCGGCCUGGCAGUGGUGCGGCCUACAGAGAACAGCAGGCCCAGAAGUGGCGGGACACUGAGCAUGGCGUGAUAGUGGGCCCCGGAGAAGCACUGCCUCACAGGCCAGUUGCAAGGGCCACAGCCUUGGUGCGGCACCCAUUUCCUGCCCUGGGUUCUCUGCUGGCAGCGGUUUUGGGCGCGGGUUCCCCAUUCCCACGCGCCCCAACCCCCGCCAACCUCACUUCCUGCUUUCUCCAGGUGGCUCCGCAAGAUGGUGGCGGGCCUCCUGAGAGACUUGUCGUCUUGAACUGGGAGGGCCGGAACUUCUUCGGGAGUGGUUCUCUCCUGGUCCUUAUACGGGGUGGGCCUGCUGCAAAUCCUGCGACUCCAAACUCAACCAUCUCCAGAGAAACCAGCACCCAGUCUUCAUCUGCUGCAGCUAGCCAAGGCUAUGUUGUACCAGAAGGCAGAAUCAUGCCAAACACUGUUUUUGUUGGUGGAAUUGAUGACAAGAUGGCUGAAGCUGAGAUUAAAAGCUUCUUUGGUAGAUAUGGUUCAGUGAAAGAAGUGAAGAUAAUCACGGAUCAAACUGGUGUCUCCAAAGGCUAUGGAUUUGUUUCAUUUUUUAAUGACGUGGAUGUCCAGAAGAUAGUAGAAUCACAGGUCCAUAUCCAGGGUAAAAAACUGAAGCUGGGCCCUGCAAUCAGAAAACAAAAUUUAUGUGCUUAUCAUGUGCAGCCACGUCGUUUGGUAUUUAAUCCUCCUCCUCCACCACAGUUUUGGAAUGUCUGGAGUAAUCCAAAUGCUGAAAUGUAUCUUCAGCCCCGCGUCACACUGAAUCCUAUAACUCAGUACGUUCAGCCAUAUCCUUCUUAUCCAAAUUCACCAGGUCACGGCAUCAUUGGAUAUCAGUUGCCGGUGUAUAAUUAUCAGAUGCCACCACAGUGGCCUAUUGGGGAGCCAAGGAGUUAUGCUGUACCUCUGGCAUAUCCUACUUAUCCAGAUUCACCAGGACAAGUCAUCACUGGAUAUCAUUUACCUUCUGCUGCAAAUCCUGUGACUCCAAACACGGUCAUCUCCAGAGAGACCAACACCCAGUCUUCAUCAGCUGCAACUAGCCAAGGCUGUGUUUUACCAGAAGGCAGAAUCAUGCCAAACACUGUUUUUGUUGGUGGAAUUGAUGAUAGGAUGGAUGAAACUGAGAUUAAAAGCUUCUUUGGUAGAUAUGGUUCAGUGAAAGAAGUGAAGAUAAUCACGGAUCAAACUGGUGUCUCCAAAGGCUAUGGAUUUGUUUCAUUUUUUAAUGACGUGAAUGUCCAGAAGAUAGUAGAAUCACAGGUCCAUAUCCAGGGUAAAAAACUGAAGCUGGGCCCUGCAAUCAGAAAACAAAAUUUACGUGCUUAUCAUGUGCAGCCACGUCGUUUGGUAUUUAAUCCUCCUCCUCCACCACAGUUUCGGAAUGUCUGGAGUAACCCAAAUGCUGAAACAUAUCGUCAGCCCCGAGUAACGCUGAAUCCUAUAACUCAGUACGUUCAGGCAUAUCCUGCUUAUCCAAAUUCACCAUGUCAGGUCAUCACUGGAUAUCGGGUUCCUGUAUAUUAUUAUCAGAUACCACCGCAGUGGCCUGUUGGGGAGCCCAGGAGUUACGCUGUACCUCUGGCACAUCCUACUUACCGAAAUUCACCAUGUCAGGUCAUCACUGGAUACCAGUUGCCUGUAUAUAAUUAUCAGAUGCCACCACAGUGGCCUGUUGGGGAGCCCAGGAGUUAUGCGGUACCUCUGGCAUAUCCUACUUCCCGAAAUUCACCAUAUCAGGUCAUCACUGGAUAUCAAUUGCCUGUAUAUAAUUAUCAGAUGCCACCACAGUGGCCUGUUGGGGAGCCCAGGAGUUAUGCUGUACCUCUGGCAUAUCCUGCUUACCGAAAUUCACCAUAUCAGGUCAUCACUGGAUAUCAGUUGCCUGUAUAUAAUUAUCAGAUGUCACCACAGUGGGCUGUUCGGGAGCCCGGGAGUUAUGCUGUACCUCUGGCAUAUCCUACUUACCGAAAUUCACUAUAUCAGGUCAUCACUGGAUAUCAGUUGCCUGUAUAUAAUUAUCAGAUGCCACCACAGUGGCCUGUUGGGGAGCCCAGGAGUUAUGCUGUACCUCUGGCAUAUCCUCCUUACCGAAAUUCACCAUAUCAGGUCAUCACUGGAUAUCACUUUCCUGUAUAUUAUUAUCCGAUGCCACCACAGUGGCCUGUUGGGGAGCCCAGGAAUUAUGCUGUACCUCUGACGUAUCCUACUUACCAAAAUUCACCAUGGCAGGUCAUCACUGGAUAUCAGUUGCCUGUAUAUAAUUAUCAGAUGCCACCACAGUGGCCUGUUGGGGAGCCCAGGAGUUACACUGUACCUCUGGCAUAUCCUAUUUACCGAAAUUCAUCAUGGCAGGUCAUCACUGGAUAUCAGUUGCCUGUAUAUAAUUAUCAGAUUCCACUACAUUGGCCUGUUGGGGAGCAAAGGAGUUACGUUGUACCUCUGGCAUAUUCUACUUAUCCAGAUUCACCAGUUCAGGUCAUCACUGGACAUCAGUUGCCUGUAUAUAAUUUUCAGAUGCCACCACAGUGGCCUGUUGGAGGUCAAAGGAGGCGUAUCCUACUUAUCCAAGUUCACCAGGUCAGGUCAUCACUGGAUACCAGUUGCCUGUAUAUAAUCACCAGAAAUCUGUGGACCAAAGCAUACAAACGGUAUCUUGUCUGUUUAAUCAAGAGAACAGACUGA